AUGGGAUGCAUAGCAGAUUUCGUAGGCGCCCCUCAGUCCUCUGUUCGACGCAGACCAAACCAAGUUAUAAUCCAGGAAGAAGAACCAACUAUAAAUCAGGUUCGACCACCUAGACAAGCGCCUGACGAAAGGGUCGUGGGGGCAAGAUUAGAACAACAGCCAGUUCGACAGGAAGUCCCUAAAGAACAACCUAGGAGAGUAAUGAUGGUUAAUAGAGACCAGGAUGCAGAUGAAGUAAUUCAUAGGGUUAGGCAAGAAAACAUGAUGGAAAAUAACUUAACUACUAUGAUAGAGAGAAUCAUAGCCCAGAAUAGUCUGAAUACAGGACUUCGACGGCCAAAUUAUACCUCUCAUUUAUCAGAUUACGUCCUACAAACUGAAUUACCAAGGGGUUGUAAAAUCCCUAAGUUCACCAAAUUCUCAGGGGACACUAGUGAGUCCACUAUAGAACACAUAGCCAGAUACAUGAAUGAGGCAGGGGAUUUGGCGAACAGUGAGAACCUAAGAAUGAAAUAUUUCCCCAGUUCUUUAACGAAGAAUGCCUUCACGUGGUUUACAACUUUGUCGCCAAAUUCCAUAGAUACUUGGCCUCAUUUGGAGAGAUUAUUUCAUGAACAAUUCUACAUGGGCCAAACUAAGAUAAGUCUUAAGGAAUUAGCCAGUAUUAAAAGAAAAUUCACUGAACCUAUAGAUCAUUAUCUGAAUAGGUUCCGUUUGUUGAAAUCUAGAUGCUUUAUAGUAGUGCCUGAACAUGAAUUGGUCGAAAUGGCCGCUGGAGGGUUAGACUAUUCCAUUAGGAAAAAGUUAGAUACCCAGUAUCUAAGAGACAUGGCCCAAUUAGCAGACAAGAAAGAAAGGGUUGCUUAUUUUGAAGUCGAAGAUGAGGAGUCUGAAAUCCCUAAUGACCCUUAUGGUCUCGAGGAAUUCGAAGUAGAUUUGGCUGAAUUAAAAGAAGCACCACCUUAUGCUUGUAAAUUACUUACACCUUCGAAUGGCAGGAACCUUGUCGAAACUGAAAAGAAUGAUAGAUUUCCUAAAAAGACUUACACAUUUGAUGUUACCAAAUGUGAUGAAAUUUUUGAUUUAUUAGUAAAAGAUGGCCAAAUAAUAGUGCCUCCUAAUACCAAAAUUCCUCCGUUAGAACAACGGAAGAAAAGUGGAUUCUGUAAAUAUCAUAAUUUUUUAGGCCAUAAAACCUCACAAUGCUUUCUUUUCAGGGAUCUUAUUCAGAAUGCAAUUAAGGAUGGCCGCCUCAAGUUCGCUGACAGGGGGAGAAACUAG